AUGGGGGAGAAGAACCACACAUCUGUGACAGAAUUCAUCCUGCUGGGAUUCGGGAGUGGACCUGGGAUACAGGUGCUUCCCUUUGUGGUGUUCCUUCUGAUUUACACGGCCACGGUGCUAGGGAACACUAUUAUGGUUCUCAUCAUUCGAAUUGACCCUCAUCUUCACACCCCCAUGUAUUUCUUCCUCAUGAACCUGUCACUCCUAGACCUCUGCUACUCCUCAACCAUUGCCCCCGAAGCCAUGGCCACCUUCCUACAAGGCAGAAAAACCAUUUCCUACAAUGGAUGUGCUGCACAGUUCUUCUUUUUUGCUGUCUUUGUCACUACAGAAGCCUAUAUCCUGGCAGCAAUGGCAUAUGAUCGAUUCAUAGCCAUCUGCAACCCACUCCUCUAUCCAGCCAUCAUGUCCAAAAGGGUCUGUGUUCAUCUCAUCGUGGGCUCCUAUAUCUGUGGUGGCACCAAUUCUAUUGUGCAAACUAGCUUCACCUUUUCAAUUAGCUACUGUGCGCCUAAAGAGAUCAACCAUUUCUUCUGUGACUUUCCCCCCUUGCUAAAUCUAUCAUGUACCGAUAUAUACAUAAAUGAACUGCUCCUAAAGCAAAACCACACAGCCGUGACAGAAUUCAUCCUGCUGGGAUUCAGGAGUGGUCCUGGGACUCAGGUGCUGCCUUUUGUGCUGUUCCUUGUGAUUUACUUGACAACCGUGCUAGGGAACACCAUCAUGGUUCUCAUCAUUCGAAUUGACCCUCACCUUCACACCCCCAUGUAUUUCUUCCUCAUGAACCUGUCACUCCUAGACCUCUGCUACUCCUCAACCAUUGCCCCCAAAGCCAUGGCCAUAUUCCUACAAGGCAGCAAAACCAUUUCCUACUAUGGAUGUGCUGCACAGUUCUUUUUUUUCGCUCUCUUUGUCGUCAUAGAAGCCCUCAUCCUGACAGCAAUGGCAUAUGAUCGAUACAUAGCCAUCUGCAACCCACUCCUCUAUCCUGUCACCAUGUCCAAAAGGGUCUGUGUUCAGCUCAUUGUUGCCUCCUAUAUCUGUGGUGGUGCACAUUCUCUAGUGGAAACCAGCUUCACCUUUUCACUCAGCUACUGUGGGCCUAAAGAGAUCAACCAUUUCUUCUGUGAUGGUCCCCCGCUACUAAACCUGUCCUGCAGCGACAUUUACAUCAAUAAACUGGUAAUGUUUGUUUUAUCUGGCUUCAUCAUAGCGAUCACCUCAGGAAUCAUUCUCAUCUCCUACGCCUACAUCAUCUAUGCCAUUCUCAGGAUUCGUUCAGCCAAGGGCAGGUCCAGGACCUUAUCCACCUGCUCCUCCCACAUGGUGGCUGUGGCUUUAUUUUUUGCAACCGUUUCCUUUAUGUAUGCCCAGCCAAGUUCAAUGUCUUCCCCACAUCGGAGCAAGGUGGUGUCUGUGUUCUACACCCUUGUCAUCCCCAUGUUGAAUCCCUUCAUCUACAGCCUCAGGAACAAGGAUGUGAAAAAUGCUUUGAGGCGGAUCAUAGGUAGAAAAAUUAUUUCAAAAUAA